AUGCGUAGCGACGACAAUGCCAUCUCGCCCGACGCACGCACCAUCCUUUGCUGCGCCGCCUUCUCUCCUCCAAACUUCCCUCGUCGUCUCUCCUUCCCUCUCUCCUCCCCUCCCCUCCCCUCCCCUCUCCUCCUCUUCGCCUCGCCUCUCCUCUUUGCCUGGCCUCUCCUGUUUGCCUCGCCCCUCCUCUUUGAUUCGUCCCUCCUCUUUGCCUCGCCCCUCCUCUUUGCCUCGCCUCUCCUCUUUGCCUCGCCUCUCUUCUUUGCCUCGCCCCUCCUCUUUGCCUCGCCUCUCCUCUUUGCCUCGCCUCUCCUCUUGCCAGGCCUCUCCUCUUUGCCUCGCCUCUACACUUCUACCCUCGACCCCUCUCGCCGUCAUUCUUCCCGUCCGCUACGCAACCUCGCGACCAUGGCCAGGCCAAGGAGGGGAGUUCGCUUCCCGCACGCCAACGGCCAGUCCGGCGGCGCCGACGGUCGUCGGUCGAGCUUGAGCGGCAGCGAGGAUGGCUCCCCCACGAGCACGAGGGCCAAGGCGCCCGCACCGAUGGAGUCGGUCGAGGAGGUGCGUCCUGUUCGGCGUCGACCCGUCGAGUUGUCCGACGAUGCCGCUAACCACGAGCCACGGACCCGACAGACGCCGCCGACGCCCGAGGAAGAAUAUCGGAAGAAAAAGGCCAACUUCAUGACGCGCACCUUUUGGACCUUGGGCAUGCUCGCCAUCUUCUUCGGCGCCCUCUUCAUGGGCCACAUCUACAUCAUCACCAUCAUCACGGCCGUCCAGAUCAUCUCCUUCAAGGAGGUCAUCGCCAUCGCCAACGUGCCCAGCCGCGCCCGCUCCAUCCGGUCGACCAAGAGCCUCAACUGGUACUGGCUCGCCACCACCAUGUAUUUUCUCUACGGCGAAAGCGUCAUCUACUACUUUAAGCAUGUCGUCCUCGUCGAUCGCGUCCUGCUGCCGCUGGCCACGCACCACCGCUUCAUCAGCUUCAUCCUCUACGUUUUUGGCUUCGUCUCCUUUGUCGCCACCCUCAAGGCGGGCAACUACAAGUUUCAGUUUACCAACUUUGCCUGGACGCACAUGGCCCUCUAUCUCAUCGUCGUCCAGGCCCACUUCGUCAUGAACAACAUUUUCGAGGGCAUGAUCUGGUUCUUCCUGCCGGCCGCCCUCGUCAUCACCAACGACAUCUUCGCCUACAUCUGCGGCAUCGCCUUUGGCCGCACCCAGCUCAUCAAGCUCUCGCCAAAGAAGACGGUCGAAGGCUUCGUCGGCGCCUGGGUCAUGACCCUCGUCUGGGCCAUGGUGCUCGUGAACCUGAUGCUUCGCUCCAAGUACUUUAUCUGCCCCGUCAACGACCUCGGCGCCACCAUCUUCACGGGUCUCGAGUGCGACCCGAACCCCGUGUUCGUCCCUCGCACCUACCACCUGCCCUCGCACUUCUUCUUCCUCCCGGCCGGUACAAACAUCAGCCUGCGGUUCGCGCCCAUGCAGCUGCACGCCGUCGUGCUCGCCACCUUUGCCUCCCUCAUCGCUCCCUUUGGCGGCUUCUUCGCCUCCGGCCUCAAGCGGACCUUCAAGAUCAAGGACUUUGGCCACUCGAUCCCCGGCCACGGCGGCAUGACGGACCGCAUGGACUGCCAGUUCAUCAUGGGAUUCUUCGCCUACAUGUACUACCACACCUUCAUCGCCCUGCACAAGGUGACGCUGGGGUCCGUGCUGGAGACGGCCAUCACGAGCCUCAACCCCGAGGAGCAGAUCGAGCUCGUCAAGGGCAUGGCCCGCUAUCUCGGGAACCAAGGCAUCGUGCCGGAGCAGUUUCUCGACUGCAUCGACAAGACGAUCAUCUCCAGCACAUGA